CCGAUUUCGCCGCGAUGUUGGCGUGCUUGCUUCAUCCGUCUCUCCAUCUCUUCGGGUCUCACAUGUGGAUAUCGCGAUCUCAUCUCUUUUAUUCUCUGUCCAGCCAAUCGAUUUAGCUCUCGCUCCCUUUCACAGUCAUAUAUUCCAGAUCAGCAUUAUGACUAUAGCUGGGGCGAUCUAUCUGAGGGCCAAAUCAAUCGCUAUUGUGGGCGCAGGACCAUCGGCAGUAGCUGCAGCCAAAUAUCUUCUGGCCGAGAAAGCCUUCGACAGGAUCGAAAUUUUCGAGCAGCGUGGGAAAGCCGGAGGAAUAUGGAACUAUACUAAUCACCAGCGAAACGAAAGUCUCUUCCGAAUUCCGCAAACAAAUCCUCGCGGGGAAAAUCAAGAUCCAUUUUGGGAACCGAAAUCUACCGAUACAAUCUCGUUGGGUGAGACGGAUGAAAGUGAGAACUUCAAUUUACAGCCAAAUGUGUCUUACAUCAGUCCAAUCUACGAUGAUCUGGAGACCAAUAAUCCACGACCGCUUAUGCAGUUUCAAGGGCAAGAGUGGCCUCCCAAUACCCCAUUAUAUCCACGGCACGAACUAGUUCUAGCUCACGUAGAAGCAUACGGAAAGGAUGUCCAGCACCUCGUGCACUAUGAGACUCAAGUUGUAAAUGUCGAACCCGUCAAUGAGUCAGCCUGGGCAGUCACAACGCGCAAUCUCCGCAGCAGCGAGCGUUCCACGGAAGUAUUUGACGCUGUCAUUGUCGCCAAUGGUCAUUUUAUCGUUCCCCAAAUCCCUGACAUAUCCGGUAUACGGGAAUGGAACAAGUGUUAUCCCGGCUCAAUAACUCACGCAAAGUACUAUCGCCGAUCGUCCGAAUUUACCGGAAAGAAGGUCAUAGUUGUCGGUAAUUCAGCUUCUGGAUCUGAUAUAUCUUUUCAAAUAUGCCAGUCUUCCCAACAACCACUCCUGUGGUCUUGCAGAUCUUCUUCUCCUGCAAACGCCAUAUCCACCCACCUCAGGCGUGAGCUGCCACCCAUAUCUAGAUUCCUUCCGGAGAACCGAACAGUCGAAUUCGAAGAUGGCACAUUGGAAACAGGAAUCGAUGCUAUAUUAUUUGCUACGGGAUAUUUCUAUUCUCUUCCGUUCCUAGAGAACCUUCAACCGAAGCUCAUCACAGAUGGGUCUCAGGUAAACCAUACCUACCAGCAUCUAUUUUAUGCCCCUCGGCCGACCCUUUCCUUCCUGGUUCUUAACCAGAGAGUGACGCCAUUUCCAGUCGCAGAAGCUCAGUCAGCUGUUUUAGCACGUAUACUAUCUGGGAGACUCUCGCUACCAGACCAGAGCAUCAUGGAGGAGUGGCAGCAGAAAACCAUAUCCGAAAGCGUUGUGUCUCGUAAUUUCCAUCUUCUGCCCGCUCCAAAGGAUGCCCAAUAUAUGAACGAAAUGUCUGAUUGGGCACUUAGCGCGCCUCCGCGUGAGGGUUUGGAGAAUGAAGGGCAGGGCAAGAUUCCCCCCCGAUGGGGUGAAUACGAAUUUUGGUGUCGUGAAAAUUUCCCUUCUAUAAGGAAAGCUUUCAUGGCGUUUGGAGAAGAGAGGACGAACGUGACUGAACUGGCUGAUGUGGCGUUCGGUUACAAUGACUUUUUAGAACAUAAGAAAGUAAGGUCUGUGCUAGAUUUUGUGAGUUGAAGUUCUCUCGUCAUGCACUUAGAAGGCUUUCGAAAGGUCGUUUCUUGUGAGCGAAGCGAUUUAGGAGUUUCUGACUCAAUGCCCAAGAAAAAUGACAUUAAGGCGCAGGCAUAUCGUUGCAGCCUUCAUCUCUUGGAUACAUCUUAUCUCAUGGGGUUCGUCAUCGCUACCUUCACACUAACCCGUGACUCUAAUGGUGACUUGUUCUUCUUCUUCUUCUUCUUCUUCUUCUUCUUCUUCUUCUUCUUCUUCUUCUUCUUCUUCUUCUUCUUCUAGGUAGACAGAACCUUUCAAGGGUAUAUAUGAACUGACUACAUAUGCACUCUCGUCACCCACUGCAAUGUAAAAAAGUCCCCUCAAGUUCUCCUUAACCCCAUGAACAUACACAGUUGAAACUUCAUUUCUCAUUAUAUGGGCAGAUCUUGCGAGAUCCUGCCCAAGAUGUUUCUC